AUGGAUAUUGAUUACUAUAGUGUAUUAGGAUUAAAAAGAACUUCCUCGAGUUUUGAUAUAUUAAACGCAUUUCGGGAAAUCAUACAUAAGUAUGGUAUGGAAAAAUUAAACGAAGAUCAAACAAUUUGUAGACUUAUUGCAUUCGAGGCUUUUGACGUUCUUAGUGAUGCUUUUUGGCGUGAGAUGCAUGAUCAAUUUGGGGUUCAAGCCAUAAAAUUGGGCGUAUUUAUUAACAAAGAAAAAGAUAUGAGACGGUAUUUGUAUCACGGUGAUAUUUUUUUAACGUACAAAUCGGUUUAUGGAUCCACUAAUCCGUAUGCUCAUAUAAUAUCCAUGUUAUUAAACAGGAAGGCAACAAUAAAUGUAGGUAUUAAACAAGAUGUUGAAAAGAUUCCGAUUUAUUUAACAUUGAACGAAAUAUUUUAUGGAGCAUUAAAAAAAAUUAAUAUUCCUAAAAGUGAUGGAACACAGUGUAUGACUAAUUUAAGAAUACCUAGAGGCUUACCGAUUAACAGUGAAAUUGUUCAUGACUUAACAGAUGGAAGAACCGUAAUUUUUAUCACCAAUGAUUUACCACAUAAACAUUAUGUAAGGAGAGGACAAGAUUUGAUAAGCACAUACACUGUAACUAUCGAAGAAAUGAUGUUUGGUGUUCAAUUCAUAGUACACACGUUAGAUAACAAACAAUUAAGAGUGAAUAUCACACAAGUGAUAACACCAUUAUAUCGAAAGAUAAUACGAGGUGAAGGAAUGCCAGCCUACAGAGAAAAUUGUGACAAGAGGGGUGACAUCGUACUACAAUUUAAAAUUCAGAUACCACGCGAUCCCUGUGUAAUAAAAAAAAUGAUUUGCAAGACCCCUUCGGAAACUGAAGAUUUUAGAAGUUUGAGAAAAUAAAUAAUUAUUUAUGGAACAAAUAUGGUGUAGUAUAAUAUAUUACAUUUAUAAAAUAUUUCAGAUUU